AUGGCGAGCCCGGGCGAGGUGCAGAGGACGAGGAAGUAUGGGUCGAGAACGAAGGCAUUAGAUACGAUUCCGGACGUCGACCUAACUGGAAAGACAAUGCUCGUUACGGGGACUUCUUCAGGAAUCGGAAUCGAGACUGCCAGGGCGCUUGCUUUACGGGGAGCUCAUGUCGUCAUGGCAAACAGGAAUAUUGUCGAAAGCGAGCAGCUAAAGGAGAAAAUUAUCAAAGAAAAGCCCGAUGCGAAAGUCGACAUCAUCCUAUGCGAUCUGUCUUCCCUGCAAAGCGUGAAAGCGGCCGCCGAUGAGUUCAAAAAGAAACAAUGGCCGCUGCAUGUCCUCGUGCUGAAUGCCGGUGUUUUCCAACCAAUCCAAAAAACUACACUCGAUGGCUACGAAUCAUCGUUUGGAGUCAACCAUCUGGGACAUUUCUACUUAAUCCGAGAGCUGCUCCCCGUGCUGCGUCAAAGCAGCCCGUCAAAGAUUGUCAUUGUGUCAUCACAUUCCCAUAACCAUACCGGGCUCAAUCCCACCGAUUCUGCCGACGCAAAGGUGGGCAAACUCGUGCAAUUUGCGGACACCAGCGAAUUUGGAUACAGGUUGUAUGCUUAUUCGAAGCUCUGUAAUGUCUUGACCGCCAUGUAUCUACACCGGAAAGAACACGAAAAUGACAUCAGUUUGUUCGUCUUGCACCCCGGCACAAUGAUUGGGACAAAUAUUUCGCGCGGUUAUGGAUUUUGGGGCAAAGCCUUCAACUACGUUUCGAAGCCUUUCACGAAAGACCUGUCGCAAGGGGCCGCCACAACAGUGUAUUGUGCAGCCUCUCCAGAAAUCGCAAAUGUAUCCGGAAAAUACUGGGAAAGCUGUUGGGACGAUGAGAAAAACUUACAGAAGAAUCUGGCUCACGAUGAACAACUACAGGAUGCGCUUUGGGCAAAAUCAGAAGAGCUGAUCUCCAAAUUUGAAGGCUUGCAU